GAAAACUGCGUGCUUCGGGCUAUACGCACAUAUGGUAAAGGACUCGCAGAGUCUUCAGCGUGCACCGUUUGGCACGCUUAGUCGCCUUUUCUGCAAUUCAGUGACAACCACAGUGAUUUCGUUGGGAAAUAUCAUCAUUACCUAGCUCGACAGGGCGGAGAGCCGAGCAGCGUGACGUUUCACGGCGUCGUGACACGAAGUUCCCCGCUCCAACCCAAACUUCCAACGCAUUUGGCGCGUGCAAUAAAGUUACAUGGAGAAAUCUAAUGAUAAAAUGCACGUAGAGGUACCGGGGUCUUGUGCCGCGCCCAGCGGAGGCCCUGCACCAUCCUGCCGGUGUUGCGGACCGAAUGCUGCCGCUCGCCCUCGGCGGCGCCGGUUCGUGCUCUACCUCUUAUUCUUCUGGUCGCUCGCAAUCAUUAUCGCUCAUCUGGUCGUCCCCUCGUGGUACGGCGCGCCACACGCGCCCUACCCCGCCACAGGCUUCGGCCUCUCAGGCGACGUGCCGGGCGCGCGGCCCCUCUUCAGCGCCGCCGGCAGCGGCAGCAGCGGUGUCUGGGGUGGCAGGGGCGGCAGGCUGCCGUACGUGCCCAGUGCGUCGGAGGUGUGUGAGGACUACCUGGGCGUGCCGGGGCUGGACCUGGCGGCGGAGGGCGGCCUCAGCCUGGUGCUGACCGCUGACCCCGGCGACUUCAGCGGCACACCCGAGGCGCACCACAUCAUCGCCAACCUCAAACACAAGGUGGUCAAGCCGCGCAGCAGCAGUGUGUGUGGCGGGCUGUACUUUGGCUACCUCAUGGGCCAGCCCGCACUGGUGGUCACCACGGGCAUCGGCCCCACCGCCGCGGGCCUGUGCACCCAGGAGUUGCUGACUGCCUGCGGCGCCUCCGCCACCGAGCUCAUCUACUUCGGCACCAGCGGCUGGAGCCCGCAGCUGGGCGGGGUGCUCAACCCACCCGACUGCGGCGGAGCCAACCCCAGCAAGAAGGUCACGCGUGUGGGCGACGUGUGCAUCAGCCCUGUGUCGGUCAACUGGGUGUGCAAGAAGAGCACGUGGACGCUACAGAGCCAGGGCUUCCCCAACCAGUGCUUCCGGCCUCGCGAGGUUGCGGGGCCUAACGCUACGUCCCUGUACGGCGAGUGCCUCUUCGCCACCGACAACCUUGACGCCAACCUGGCUCUGGCCGACUCACUCAUGGCCGCUGCCCGCUCCGUGCGGGGCCGCGCCGCCCUGCCCAAACGCAACGACCUAGUCACCGACCUGGAGGAAAGGUACUGGGGGCUGAUGUCUGAGGGCACGGGGCUGAGCUACCCGCCCGUGAGCGGCGAGGACAUGCCGCUGGUGUGGGACUACACGCAGUGCGCCGAGGUGGACGGACAGUUCUUCUUCACGGGUGCGCCCUGGGAGAUCAAGGCGCGCGACUACGCCGCACAGGCCAUCUCCACGGCCCUGGGCUACGCGCGGCCCGGCAGCGGCCUACGCGACUCCGUGGACGCGACCGAGGUGAUUGCGGUGUCAGCCAUGGAGGGUGUGGGGGUGGCGGAGGCGCUGGAGAAGUACCACCAACUGGACAGCACGCCACGCCGCAUCCCCUACACCAACGUGCGCACCCUCUCCAACUGGAUCCACCACCCCGUGGGCCGCAAGCCCGGCAGCACUGGCGCGGCGGCGGAGUGGGACAUCUACCGCGAGGUGCCGGAGGACUACGUGAACGGCUACGCCUACGCCAUCGCCACCGGCUCGGUCACCAUCCUGUCGCUCUUCCAGCAGCGCUGCCUCGCGGGGCUGCAGCUGGGCGCCAUCGCCGCCGCCGACCCGGGGCAGGGCCAGCUGCUGGCGGCGGCGCUGGGCCGACACGGCUUGGGUGGCCUGGCGAUGUGGGCGCAGCAGGGAGGAGGCGGGGCCGCGGGCGCAGGCGCCGCAGCCGCCGGGGCCACAGGCGGCGCGGGCGAGGGGCGUGCGGGCAGGGGUGAGGGCGAGGGUCACGUGGGUGCGGCGGCUGCGGCGGCGGCGGCGCUGGGUGGCCGGCGUGGCGCGGCGGGUGAAGGAUCGGGCGUGGGCGGCGGCGCGGGCGCGGCGUGGGCGGAGGACCUCGCAAAGAAGGCCAGGCUGUGCACGUUCACGGUGGAUUACGCAUGAGGAACCAAGCCGGAACUAUACUAGGGCCCGGGAGCGUGUUCCUAUAAGCACAGUACAUACGUAGUGGUGGUGGUGGUAGUGGUGGUGGUGGUCAGGUCACGAGGCUGCCAAGCAGCAUACAGACUAAUCGCCGUGUGGGUGUGAGAAGCUAGGGAUUGGGUCGGACGGGCUGCUUGACGUAUGGCGCGCGAAGGUCACUGACGACUCACUGUGCUCCGGGCUGGUAAAGCCGUGAAGGAUGAGCUGUCUAGCCUGAGGUUCUGAACGUACGCUGUGUCGUCACUUACUCACUCGCCAGCAAUGUGAGGACAAACGUGUGAUGUGUGACGUGGCGAUGUGUCAUAGCAGACUAGCAGUGGAGCUGGCGGGGCAUGUCACACCGUCAGGAGCGAGCUGCGUUUCCUCAGCGAUUGG